AGCCGUGUUUCGGCUCGUCUCGUCUCGUGGACUGGACCCCUCACAGGGCUGCGUUUACAUUAAUACAUCUUACACUUUGCUUCGCGCUGAUAACAAUGGUUGUCGCCGCUGUCCGGCCGCUGGCCCUGCUCCACCUGCUGCCCGCGACCGCCGCCGGCGUCCAGAUCCAGAGCCACCACGCGGGCCUGGUCGCCGAGGCCCCAGCUCCAGCGGAGGUCAAGCCAAGCCUCCGACGGGCGAUGAGCCUGCUGGGCGUCGAGGGGGCGUCCGCCGCCUUGGGCACGAUGAACAAGGUUGGCGUCACCCGGUACCAGAACCAUGUCUUCAAGAAGGGCAGGAGGAAGGACGGCGGGCUCUACUCGGCAGACCCUGCCAACCGCGAGGGGCAGCUUUACUCUGGCGCGGCGGACCUCGCGUCGAACCUCACCUGGGGC